CUGAGCUUGCAGCUGGAGGAGAGCUGAUGAGAGCUGCAGAGAGGGGAAACAACUGAACAGCAGGGAAAGAGAUUACUGCACAGGUAGAAAUUGGUAGACAACAAUUGGAUGCACGAAUUGUAGCCUAAAUUAAAUUGCUCGAACUUGUAGAUUAGAUUUUUGUGAACAGUUGGGAUACGAUUUGAAGUGGGGGGAUUGGGAAAGGAUCAAAAGAUGUGCUGUGUUCGCGGCGCCUCUCGUGCGCUUCCUGGGGACACAGUGAGCGACGGCCACGCGCUGACAACCCGCUUUUAGAUGGCUCCAAUAUUUGGGGUGCAAAACAGGUGUCAGGGAAGUGUCGUCACGAACCCCGGAAGCCGGAGGAGGUGGGAACAUCAGAGGGAAAGAUGGCAGCGAAAUCCGAUGGUCGCGGGGUCGUCACCGGUUUCGCCCAGCUGCACAACCUGGACGAGGUGGUGGGGACAGGAGAGGACGACGCGCGGGAUGGCAGCUCGUUCCACAUCUGCCAUUGCUGCAACACCUCGUCGUGCUACUGGGGCUGCCGGAGCGCGUGCCUGCAUUACCUCCGGGGGAAGGGGAAGGGGAGAGAGACGGUGCGGCCACCGCAGGAGCAGCGCCUCUGGCUGGACUGCCUGUGGAUCAUCCUGGCGCUGCUGGUGUUCUUCUGGGACGUGGGGACUGAUUUGUGGCUGGCCGUCGACUAUUACCACAAGCAGGACUUCCUGUGGUCUGGCCUGACCCUGUUCUUCGUGCUGGUGCCCUCGGUGCUGGUCCAGAUCCUGAGCUUCAGGUGGUUUGUGCAGGAUUACACAGGGGGCGGACUGGGCUCCGUGGAGGGGCUCAGUAGUCGGAGAGCUACAGCCUGUCUGCAGAGGGACAGGUGCUGCCGCCUGUCUGUCUGGGUCUGGCAGACCAUCAUUCACAUCUUUCAGAUGGGACAAGUGUGGCGGUACAUCCGCACCAUGUACCUCGGUAUACAAAGUCACCGGCAGAAGGAGAACCAGCGGCGCUUUUACUGGGCCAUGAUGUACGAGUAUGCCGAUGUCAACAUGCUGCGACUGCUGGAGACCUUCUUAGAAAGUGCCCCUCAGCUGGUGCUGCAGCUCUGCAUCAUGAUCCAGAGCAACAAGGCUGAGUGGCUGCAGUGUUUUUCUGCCAUGACCUCCCUACUGUCCCUGGCCUGGGUGCUAGCCUCUUACCACAAACUACUGCGUGAUUCAAGGGACGAUAAGAAGAGCAUGAGUUACCGAGGUGCCCUGGUGCACCUGUUCUGGCGCCUUUUUACCAUUUCGUCCCGGGUGCUCUCCCUUGCCCUGUUUGCCUCUGUUUUCCACAUCUACUUUGGCAUUUUUGUGGUGCUCCACUGGUGUGCCAUGGCUUUCUGGGUCAUCCAUGGCGGCACCGACUUCUGCAUGUCCAAAUGGGAAGAGGUACUGUUCAACAUGGUGGUUGGUGUGGUAUACGUCUUCUGCUGGUUCAAUGUGCGUGAGGGCCGGACGCGGUACAGAAUGGUAGCCUAUUACACGUUGGUACUGUUAGAGAACGCCAUCCUCAGCUUCCUUUGGUAUGCGUACCGAGACCCAGCCACCACUGACGCCUAUGCCUCUUUAGCCCUCUGCGGUGUCUUCCUGUGCUUUGCUUCAGGUGUGGCCUGUAUGGUUCUCUAUUACGGGGUGCUGCACCCAAUGGGCCCCCGGCUGAGGGUGCUGGCCAGCUCCUGCUGCGCUGAGUUGCUGUGGGGUCUUCCAUUACCCCCUGAAGCCGAGCCUAUGGCUCCCACACCUGGCCCUCGAGGCUCUCAGGCCACUCCCACACGGGGUCUGGCAGGAGAACACGCAGAGUCAGAUGAAACAGCCACGGACACCUGCCUUCCAGUUUUCCAGGUGAGGUCCACGGAACCUGUGGAUGCAGCUGGAAGGCCCAUCCGUCCUGAGGGUCCUCUCAUCAAGAUAGACAUGCCCAGAAAACGAUACCCAGCCUGGGAUGCACACUUUGUGGAUCGGCGCUUGCGCAGGACCAUUAACGUGCUACAGUAUAUUAGCCCGAAUGCGGCGGGCAUCAGGUAUAGGGACGGUCCGCUUCUUUAUGAGCUCCUGCAGUACGAAUCCUCCUUCUGAAGGCAUCUUCUGUAACCUCCUCUUAGACACAGCAAUGCACUUGCGUUACCUUUCUUUCAUUCUGCUUCCUCUAUCCUCAAGAUUUAAUCUCUCUCUUCAUUUGACACACUCCUCUUCUCUCCUACGAUCAUUCAGUUUCUCUGACGGAGAAGUGUUUUUUGUCUACUGAAAAAUCUGUCCAGACACUCCAAAUACAUAGUCAUGAUUUAUUUUUUGAAAAAACAUACAGCACAGAGAGGAAAUCAUGAACCUACAGUAUCUUAUGUGAUAUAUUCAGAAGUCUCAUAUAAAUCCCUCUGCAUCGACAGAGGAUGGUUCUGUAUGAGUAUGUAGAUAACAUAUGAAUGUUUCAUUAUGAAAUGUGUUUAAUACAUUAUACUGUAUUGGUGACUCAACCUGUGAAUACUUGUGAAGGGCAUAUUGUAUGUCCCUGUGACAGGGGACUGGUGCAAAGCCUGAUGGGAAUGAUGGAGGAGGUCUUUGCACAUCCCGAACAUUUACUGCCAUUCUUAUGUAUAUUAUUGAAAUGAAUGAUGAUGUUUACCAAGAACCUAGCCCACGAAUGGAGACAAAGCACUGAAAUUUCUAUCACAAUACUAUACCAGAGGGACACAAUCAUACAUUUGUCCAAGAGAAGCAAUUUUAAAUGGAUUUUCCCUUUAAGAGCUUACGUGGCUCAACUGUAUCCAACUGUAAUGUACUAUUUUUGGUCAAAAUCCUUAAUCGUAAUCGCAUCAUGUAUGGAAGAAAAAAGAAGCACACUGACCUUCAAUCAGUUCCACCCAUAUAUUAAAUUUGUACAGUGUAGAGAGCCCUCCAGUGGAGGCAAGCUAUAACAGCAUGCCUUGCUUGGUCAUUUAUGCCCAAUGGUAUGACAGCACAAAAUAUCAAUAUAUAGGUUAAUAAACACAAUAAUGGAUGAAAGAUAGAAUGUAGUAAAAAAUGAGCACAACUUUUCUAAAUUGGUUGUUAGAAAGUCAUAGUUAAAAAACAUUCCAAAGACUUAGUCAAAAGAUUGUAUAGGCAUCUUGUAAAAAGUUGAAUGAAGGAUGUCAGCAGAAGAAAUGUGUUCCAUAACACACCUUUUCUUGAAGUGCAAAGACAGUCUUCAGGGAAUCCUCCACCAUUCCCUUCUGAAUCCCAGAAAUAAGAAGAGAUAAUCCUUUAUCAAACCUCCUUAGAUUCUUUUCUUGUCAGAAAAUGUUUUGGUUUGAAUAAUAUAUGCUUAUUGGGUGCAAAGACUUGUACUAAGCUCUCAAAAAAACUCAAAUGAUCUCAAAUCUAAGAAGAAAUUUCUAUUCUAUGAUACUUAAGUGAAUAUUUGUGUCUCUAUUUAUAGUCCUUGACAUAAUGAUAUUUUGUCAGAACACACAUUAUUUUUACAUAACAAAAAAUGUUGUGCUGUGCAGUGUUAAAAGGUAAAACUCCUCAAAAUCAGUGUGCCCUCAAAGAGGUUAUACUCUUAUAAGGGUGUACAACUGUUCUGAUACCUGCUAGUGUAAAUGAGAAAAAGCCAAAUCACAUCUUGGAGUAUGGUGUCCCUCAUUUAUCUCCCCCUUUUGAACUAGUAGAACAAGACCCUGCAAAAUGUGUGCCAUCUAUAGGCCUGCUGUGUUGUACUGAUACAUCUACCUGCUGAACCUGCAGAAGAUCUCAACAACAGUACAUCCACCGUCUACACACAUGACAGAAAAAAACAACAUGCCUUCUAAGUCAAAGGAGCUUGAUGAAAUCUUCCAGAGGGCUACUGAAAAGUACAAUAGAAAAAUGAAUGCAUUUCAUACUCCACCUUUACCUAUUUACUCAAUAACUCAUCUGAAUAUAUAAUGUGUGUUUUUUACAUUGCAGUGUUUGGCAUGAUGUUAGUUUAAGGCAUUAGUACAAAUGGUCCAACAGGGGAUGCCCAAGAACACUGCAUCAAACAGAGAUUCCUUUCUCCUGGCUCACUGGCUCUCUGCUUAGCUGUGGCUACAUGUGCCUGCUAACAUCGUACUGUAAAAUAGCAGGAACUGUGAAAGUCCAGGUUAAAGGUAAGAGGGGGGUUUUGCCAGGGUUGGAAAUGAACAUGUUGACAGAAUGUGGAAAAGGGCAUGAAAUAAGAAAAUUAUAAAACUGAGUUUGAUACCUAGAUUUCCGUAUUUGCCAAUAGUAGCAUCUGAAUAUAAUAUGAAUAACUUGGUGAAAAACCACUAAUAGUCAACAUUUUUCAGGCUUUGACUAACAUUAAAGUCUCUGCUCGCACCACACUGGUGUUAAGCAUUAAUGUUACUUGAUCUGAAAGUGGUUGUUUUUUUUACCUAAUUGGUCAUGUUUGGACAGAUGCAUUGUCUGUCAUACUUGCAAAUUGAAUGUACCGGAUUUUAAGCAGUACUGGGGGCUAUCUUAUACCCCCGGUAUACCCAUACCUAAUACUGGAAUGGGUAUACCGAUAAUGCUAUCAACACCAAUACUAGAAGAACAUUAUAAGGUAUUAGAGGAUCCAAGAAUGCUUACAGGGUGAUGAGUUCACUAUCUUGUCCGUGUUUCUCUUCAGCCCUUUCCCAUGGUUCUGUUCUUUUGCCGAUUGUUCGGCUCCUUCCUUGGUUGCUGCUCCACCCUCUACCCCAUCUCUGCGGUGCUGGGCCUUGGUGCACUCCCAAAUAAAUACUCUCUGGUAACUGAACAACGAGGUUGAGGCUGAACAACUGGAGAUCCUGACAUGAGAACAUGCAAUGAGGUACACUGCCAUAACCAAGAGCUUCAAUAUCCAGGGUCUGCCACCCUUCAGCUUAAGAGCGAUGUUCAGCCCUGAGUGAUUGAGAACUGUUGGGUCAGCUAGGGUGGAGAAACCAUCCAACACACCAUUUAUAGAUACACAUGAGUAUGCAAACAACCAACUUGUUACAACUUGUUAACUGUUUACCAUAGUAGUCAGAGUAGUUCCUCUCUGUUGUAGUGAAUGAACAGCCAUGUUAAUAGUUAGUUGAUAAAUAAAUAACAAUUAUUGUUAAACUUUUUAAGAAAACCUAAGCAAAACAGCCAAUACAGGGGUUCCUCAGGACCAACAACCAAGACCACUGAACCAGCUGACUCAGGGGUGUCUCAAUGCAGUUCUCAUCCCCAGGCAUGUCCUCAAGGGUCUCCAUUUUUUCCUUAACAUACUGCAUUCUGGACCACUCCUCGGCUGGGACCACUAAAUUAUUGUUUGCAUGUUUCGUUUUUUGUGGGAAUGAUACUCUAUCAUUCUUAUAACUGGGGGGGAGCAGUUUUUUGUGGUAGUUGGCUGCCUGGCAUAUCCUGCAUCCUUUCUAACCUCUGCUGAACCUUUCCAGACACGGACACUUGUCCAAAUCAGGUGCAAAUACACUGUGAUUCAUUCUUUUUUUUCUGUGUGCGUCUGAGACAUGUGUUAUUCUACAACAUUAUAAACAAGACUAUGUACAACUGGGGUGUAUUUCAUCUAGUGGUGCUUAAUGUCGUGAAACGCAGAGUAUUUAUGCUUGCUUGACUGUGUCGUUAGAGUAGUAGUAAUGGCAGUAAAUAAAAGUAAUUUGUUUUAGAGUCUUUAUGUCUAAUUAUGGAUUUUUUUGAAACAGCAGUAUAUUUUAAGUAUUUAUAUAGUUCAAUUAUCAUUUUACCACAUUCUAUUUCUAGUAAAAUGAUUGACUACAAGAUUGUUGUUUUAUCCUUAAAUUAUACAAGGAUUCAAAGCGAACAACACAAAAGCGCAGAAGGAAACUGUUUCCACAAUUUAUAACCAAGUCCCUUAAAAAAUCCCUUACAAAGAAUUAUUUCUGCUACGUUACCUGCCAACCUUCACAACUAAAAGGCUACAGCACACAGCAAGAGCGUUUGAACAGAAGGCUUGUUCUUCUCAGUACUUGUUGUGCCUUGUUACUUUGGAUGCUUCAAUCCAGCCAUGGCAGCCAGGUCCGCAAACAACGUCAAUGUCUUUAUUUACCUGUUUCACGUGCCAGCACAUUCACCAAGACUGUGACAACACGGAACCACAUUUCCUGUCUGUCUACCCAAAAAAGAUCAAGCCAAGAUCUCUAUUCUGUCAGCUUACACCUCAGUUAUCAACAACAUGAUGAAUCUUAUAAUUCUUCCAAGUUUUCAUCUACAGGACCGUACCAUGUCCUAGAUAAAGUGACUAAGAGCAUGAAACCUACAUACUGGUUCUGCUAAAAAAGACAAAGUAGAAAGUAAGGCAAUACUGAACAUUUUCUUCACUUGAACGUUGGUUACCUCAUCUAAUUUACAUUGGAGUAAGUGCAAUCACAGCAGCCCCAAAUGAUUCAGCAAGUUAGAAACAGUAGUUUGGUCUUAACUCAAACAUGUUAGUUUUGGACUAUACCUAAUUGAUAGUCUUAACAGAUGCCAGCCACGAUACAGAACAAUUUACUCAAUGAUUGUUUUGUACUUUUGUCUAUGCCUUUACAGUACAUUGUCCUUUGUCUUGCAAUGAUGAAUGAUUUGUUGUGCCAAGACGUAACAUUUUUGUGUUGUUAGUCUCGUGUGAACAACACAUCCUCUAGCCAAACAAUAAUGCCUGCAGUUGUAAUAAGACAUGGAAGGUGUCAAUGAUGAUAAAAUGUGCAAAAAAAACAAAAAAACAACCAACCUUCUAUUGCAUUUUCUUUCAAUGGAAUGAUUGGAUUGAUUGGAUAACCUCAUUUCCUGGUUUUACCACCAUUUCCCAGCAUGCCUUCAGAACUCAUUGUGAAGUGACCCUUGACAUUUAGCAUGUUAGUGCUCUCAACUGCACAACUAACCCUCUAAUUUCUGCAACAAUGUGUAGCAGCAGGUUUUGUAGAUUCUGACUUGGUUUAGGUCUGUACCUUGGAGUCAUGUCCAUCUGUUUGACUACUGCAGCAGUGUGUUCAAAUGAUAAAAGGUGCAUUUUUCCUUUUGCUUUGAUGUUAGUUAUAAACCUGGUGCUCAAUAAAUACAUUUAACAGGUGCUACCACUGUGGACUGCAGAGUCCACUUGUUGGCUUUGUGAGAGCAAAGAACUUUCAAUCGACUGAGAGAAACUGGCAGUCUUAAAAUGUUCAAGAGCUUGCACCUUAAAUCCGCACAGUUUACAGCAGAACUCAACUUUCAAUGGUGCCAUUUUAAUUUCCAAUACACACACCAGAAAACAAAACUCUACUGCUUGUAUAAUGUUUAUCAUACUGGUUUCAGGAUGAAGUAUGUUUUCUUUUCACUUUCAUUUACACUGCACUAGGAUUUGCUUUAUUUAUUUUCUCUGAGAGAAUGAAGCUGAAGGAUGAACAAAUGCAUAUUUCGGGGCAUAGGAGCACAAAUGUACUUCUACUGGAAAAUGAGAAAAAAAAGUAUAUAUAUAGAACGUGAUUGCUGUGUUGUAAUUCCCGUCAUCUAUAUGUCUUAAAUCUGUGUGUAUCUAUAUUUUGUUGUUAUUGUAGAAUUGGCUGUAAUAUUUUGUUUAAAAAUGAAACUGUUAUUCCAAUGACGCAACUAUGGUUGUCAUAUUAAUUGCUGCUGAUUUCUUUUAAAUUGUUAUCAAAGUUGUUGGGAAAUAUUGCUUUGUUUAUAUUCAAACAAUUUAUAGAUUGUGUUAGCUUGUUGGUGUAUUUACACAGAUCUAUCAGGAUACUCCCUAAAAGUAUAUGAGUUAUCCGGGGUAUUCCAAAAGUUGGCACAAUGUCGGUUAGCAAAUCUGCUACAGUCUGUAGCAUCUUUAUGAAAGUGUACUCAUACAAUCUGUGUCUGAGAACAUAUUAGGAAUGAUUUCGUUUGUUAUUGUUCACUAUAAAAUGUAACUAAAUUGUUCCAUGGGAUCCCUUUUCUUUAAAAAAAAAAAAAGAAGCAAAACUGAUGUCCUAUUUUGGGGAACAAUAUGAAUAUUAUUAAUAACAUAUGGUGCUAAAGUUCUUUUUGUAUGUUUUGGUUUUUAGAAGAAAAGAGAAAUAUUAUGCUGAAAAUGUAAUGUUAAGCCUUACUGUAGAUUCAUAUAUCAGACUGUUCAUCCCAGAAGAGAAAAAUAAAUAUAGUAUUUGAAAGUGCAA